AUGGCCGAUGUGCCCUUCCCGGCCACCCUGUCAGUGCAAGGAGCUCGCUUCUUCGUUGGCAGCCGGAGAAGAGCCAAAGGCUUGUUCACGGGCUUGGUGAGGCAGCUGGUCCUGCUGCCAGGCUCAGACGCCACCCCGAGGCUGUGUCCCAGCAAGAACGCCCAGCUUGCUGUGCUGUCCAUCCCGCGGGUCUUGCUGGGUCUCCCGAGGAGGCCAGAAGAUAACGACGUGCUAUAAUAUCCCUAUGAGACCGGCCUGAAAGUGACGCUGGGAUCCCGGCCACCCUGCACCAAGGUGGAGGAUGCCCAGUUCUGGUUUGACGCCAGCCGGAAGGGACUGUACCUGUGUGUCGGCAGUGAGUGGGUCUCCGUGUUAGCAGCCAAAGAAAGACUGGAUUACGUGGAGGAGCACCAGAGCCUGCUCACGAACUCGGAGACCCUGGGCAUCGAGGUGUUCGGCAUCCCCAAGGUGGGGCUCUUUGUAGCCACAGCCAAUCGGGAGACCACGUCCGCCAUCUACAAGUGGACCGAUGGGAAGUUUGUCUCGUAUCAGAACAUCCCCACACAGCAAGCACAGUCCUGGAGACAUUUCAGCAUCGGGAAGAAGAUCUUCCUGGCUGUGGCCAAUUCUGAACCAAAUGAAAAGGGUCAGGAGUUUUCUGUCAUUUACAAAUGGAGCCACCGAAAGCUGAAAUUCACCCUGUACCAGAGGAUUGCCACCCACAGUGCUCGUGACUGGGAGGCCUUUGAGGUGGACGGGGAGCACUUCCUGGCUGUGGCCAACCACCGGGAAGGUGACAACCACAACAUUGACAGCGUCAUCUACAAGUGGAACCCGCAGACCCGCCUCUUCGAGGCCAACCAGACCAUCGCCACCUCUGGCGCCUAUGACUGGGAGUUCUUCACCGUGGGGCCCUACUCGUUCCUGGUGGUGGCCAACACCUUCAACGGCACCUCCACCAAGGUGCACUCCCACCUGUACAUCCGGCUCCUCGGCUCCUUCCAGCUCUUCCAGUCCUUCCCAUCUCAGGUCUGCAGCGAGUGCCCGCUGGAGAUGGGUGACGUGGGCAAGGAGGGCCCAGCAAGGGCCAGGACUACACUGGCCCUGGGCCCUUAUUCUGAGACCCAGUGCCUGGAUAUGAGGGGAAGCAGAGGUGCAGGCAGGAUGCAGUAUCUGCUCACUUGUUCCCACAGCGCUCUGGACUGGGAGUUCUUUUCAGUGGGAGAAGAUUAUUUCCUGGUGGUUGCCAACUCCUUUGAUGGAAAUACCUUCUCUGUAAACAGUAUUAUUUACAGGUGGCAGGGCUACGAGGGCUUCGUGGCUGUUCACAGCCUCCCCACCCUCGGCUGCAGGGACUGGGAGGCCUUCAACACCUCAGCCGGCUCCUACCUCAUCUACUCCAGCGCCAAGGAGCCCCUCUCCAGGGUCCUGAAGCUCAGGACAGGCUGAAGGGCUACAGGCUGCCUAGGAGUGAGUUGGCAAGGCAGGGCAGGAGCCCAAUACCUCCUGCCCACGCAGCCUGGGGCAGCAGGCAAGGGCCCAGCAGGGCCAUCCGCCCACCUCUCCGCCCUCUCUGAGCUGGGCCCGCUGCCUGGGCCUGUGGUUGUACAAGAGCCACAGCCUGACCAUGUCCUGAGUGGCUCCGUGGUCCUACGGGCUGAAGACCAGAGCUGCCCAUGGGUGCUUGCCAGACUGAGUGCCCUGCAGGGGAUUCACCUUAAAGGAAAGUUUCUAUCAAGUCUUACCUCAAACACGACGGGGCCUCAGGCACACGUCCCCCUGGCGUCAGCCUCGCGGCCAGCGCUCCUGCUGCCCAUACCCAGGCGCGCACACAGGUUUGCUGCUGUGACACGUAUCUACUGCCACCUAUUUAUUGUAUUUUGUCUAUGAGGAAAUAUAUUUAUGUUGCUCCUUACAAAAA